UGGACCGUCGAUGGCGCUUCAGGUCGUGUCCACAUCUCUUUAUCUGGAGCAGAACGCGCACCGACUCCUCCUAUAUCAUUUGUUGAAUAUUUACGACAGAUCCCCGUGCACUGCCCCGCUCACUGCUGCUGCCAAUGCCACAAUGUAACAACACUGCUCAUUCUGUAACACUGUAACACGAGCUCACCCCACGUGUGUUACAAUGCGACCAUGUUCGUUCUGAGAAACAAUGCACAAUUUCCAGUAAACAAUCUCAUCUGAACACUGAACCGCCUCCUCGAGGGCCCGCCGAGGGAAAGGAUUUAAAAUUCCACCGGCGCAGGAUUACGGAAAGAAACGAAAACCGGAGAUUCUCCACCCCCUAUCUCACCAUUCCGCAUCCCGUAUGGCAAUUGGCUAAAACCAAGGAAGCGCGCCGGGAACGGUAGCCUACAAGUGACGUGAGAGUUUUUUGAAAAGCCGAAAUGCAUCCAGUUCGGUGAUUGUUGCCCGGUUGUUUGAAGAGGCAAGUGCGCGGAUCAUCGAUUUUAGGAACAAAUCAGACCGGUCCGGUUUUUCAAGCAUCGUCGUCUUGGUCGUUUGUCAGAACCACGCGGAGUGUUCGGUGAAAAGCAACGGACUGAGAAACCGUUCAUAUAGAUGCGUAUAGCUCGUGUUUGGGUAGCCAUGACAGGUUAUUAUGGUAUGGAGGGGAGGAUCCGUGACGCGCUUUCCUGUACAGUAUGCCUACCUCCAAUAUCUAACAUAUACGCAUACCUUCAUAGGCUACAGUGUGGUGCAUGUGCAAAUGUGAUGUCCAACAUUGGGAAAUUUGGCGUUUGUUUUGCUUCAUAUUUGAACAUUUUAUAAAUGCUUUAAGAGGAAUUUAAGAAGGCUUGGCAAAAAAGACACAACAGACACAAGCUCAGGAGAAUUGCAAUCAUAAACAUGAGAGGAUCAACUAAAUAUUAAUAACUGAUAAAAAAUAGUAUUUCAGGGUAUGCUUUGUUUCCUGUGAGCCUUUCGUUGCAUGUUUUAUGCAUUUUUCGUGUAUAUUAGAAUAAAGAUAUUCUCUGAUACACUGUUUUGCCCCUUUUACCCAGUCAAAUAAAUAACCCUAAUCCAACUUCAUCUAAACUGACUUCAUCGACUCUACAAAUCUAUAAUAUUGUACAAAUCUGGACAUCACUUUUGGCCACAUUUGCUUUGUGUGAUGUCUUCGUGCAGAAUACCGCCAACCAAAUAAAAAAUACCAGAGACUGUAGAAAAGCAUGAUUAAUUUUACGUUGUAUGUAUUUAGAUUGAAAUAAACCGACUUAUUUAGAGUCUAAUAGUUAAAACAUGAUCAAUGUUUUUUGUAGCUCAUGUUGCCAAACAAAAAAGUGACAUUGGCACUAUUAUUUAUUUAUUAUCAUCAUUUAUAUGCCUGUAUUUAAAUGUUGAAACUACUGUAUUUUUUUUACCUUAAGAUAUACUCCAACUUGAGCGAAUCUCCUAAAUCACGGAUUCCCCUGCAAUGACUGCUGUCGACCACAAGAGUGCAGCAGAGAUCCGUUUAUGUGCCACUGAACAUAUUAGCAGGCAAAGACUUUAAAUUCACAAUCUGAAUUCAGUAUAGUUAAAGGAAACCAUCAUGUGAGUGAAGUUUUACUCAUCAGUGGAUAGCAUACCCCCCAAUUUGCAAAAUCCUCAACUGUGGAUAAUAUAAUUAUGCCGCAAUAGUUAGUCUGUCUGGAACUCAGCUGAUUUAAACCAUAUCACUGUGUGACUCUUGCAUUACAUGUGAACGUCCCCUAUGCUAAUAUGAUUUUGUUUUUCUCUCCCUGUCUCGUCCUCGACCCCGAGGACGGUAGAUGUGAAAGUCGGCACACCUCUGAUCUACUGGCCGUCCUUCAACGUGAUGCCCAGCUGAUGCCUGACCAACGAUCACCGGCAGAACCCGCUUAAUCUCCGCUUUAUCUCCGCUUAAUCUCCUUAUCUCCCAAGGGUUUUUCCCUCCUAGGACUUUUUUUAUUUCGGGUUUUUUAUCUCCUAGGGGUUUUUUUAACCCGGGGAGGCAGCCUUCUUGGGCUUAACUUAGCUUCCUCUUCUAGACGUUACAUUACUAAUACGCUCGCUUAUAAUGUCGAGUCAUAGGCGCAGCAAUGUAUUAUGUUGUGCUAUCUGUUGUUUUUCUGUGCUUUUCACUGCUUCUAUUAAUGUAAAGCUGCUUUGAAACAAUUAACUAUUGUGAAAAGCGCUAUAUAAAUAAAAUUGAAUUGAAUUGAAUACCGGUACACUAUAAAAAUGCAGCAUUUUUGUCAAAUCAACAUAUAUUAUCAUGCUACUUUAACUUAAAAAAUGUAAGUUACUGUAAACAGCUUUAACUAGUUUUUCAGUUGAAAAUGACUUAAUUUGAACCUUUUCAAACCCAUUAUACUGUACAGGUUUGUAACAUACAAAGUUUUUCUUACAAAUUCCAGUGUGACGUAAAAAAUAGUUAUUUUAAAAAUAUAUUUUUGUAUACAAAAAAGUUGGGAAAAAUACUUGAAUUAGUAACACUUAAAAAAGUUUUUUCAACUUAAAUUUUUAGGAACCGGAAUGUAAAAAUGUUAUGUUGAGGAAGCUUUAGAUGUAACCAAUUAAAAUAAUUUUUUCCCAACUUUCACUUUUUACAGUGUAGUUAAAGGGGUAGUUCACCCAAAAAUGAAAAUUCUGAUUUUCUCAUCCAUGUUGUUCUAAACCUGUAUUUCUUUUUACUGAUGCACAGCAAAAUCGCCAGUGUUAAAUCUACACUGCUAGUGUUUAUAUGGGUACCACCAGCCAUAUAUACACCAGGAGUGUACAUUUAACACUGGUGAUUUUGCUGUGUGAACACAAAAGAAGAUAUUUUAAUAAAUGAUGGUAAGCAUACAGCUGAUUGUAACCAUUGACUUCCAUAGUAUGAAAACCCAAAACUUUGUAAAGUUUUAAAAUGUGAGACAAACAGCCCCUGUCCUGUCCCACCCAAAUCGAUUUAGCAAAGACAGAAUCUAUGCACUCUUUACAUUGUUCAGACAGUGAAUAUGUUUGUUUUGUCUUUAUGCUCACGCACACAUAGAUACGCUAUUCACCUGACAUGAUCCUGCAAGUCUAACACAGAUCUUCUUCUCAUGAUAGUGUGACUCAUGGAGAUGUUGAUGGGUGUUUCUGACACAGAAUGUGGGUGUGGAUGACAACAGACAGUCUGAGUUCCUCACGGUGCCGUGGCAUCAACUGCUCUGUGUGACAAGCCAGCGCGGCCUCACGUAAUUGCGUAAGUGGGAAGAAAAUAAGGAAGGUUAAUAGAGAAGAACGCAUUCGACUGAGAGAAAGUCUACUGGAGGCAAGAUCUCAUUCAUCAAGAACAGAAACUCUAAGACAUCAUACAGAAUUGAGAUGUUGCCGGGGUCAUGGGUUGCAUUUUUACUGCUACUUUUGCUGUCGGAGGCCAUCAGCGCCAUAUCUGUGCUUCAGCCUCCUGUCAAGCGUGUUGCAGUAGAAUACGACUACGAUGAACUAAACUCAGUGACAACAGUCGCCCCCGGGUCCACCAUCACCACCGCAAUCCCCAUUCGUUGUGACUAUGACACCUGUGUGCCUCAGACGACCUCCUGCGCUGAGAUUUCGUUCAAGACGGGCUGCCUCUGUCCGGGGUUUACGGUCUGGGAUAAAAGGCCUGAGGCCCCAUGGCUUCGGGAGAUUAUACUGGAACGGUCGGGACAGGUGGUCGUCCACUGGUGUGCCCCUCACUCCAAAGUCACACAUUAUAAAGUAACUCUAAAAUGUGGAGAUGAGCAACAGCAAAUUUUCGGGGAACAUUUGCGGAAUGCUACCGUCCCUGGGCUAAAGGUCGGAGAGACGGUCUGUGUGUCGGCUGUUAAUGAGGCAGGGGUCAGCGAAGAGUCGUGUGCCCAAUAUGAGCUCCAAGAACUGGACUUGAAAAGAAUUGAUGUGCUGUUGCCGUCAGAGUCCAUCAGUGCCACAUCUGUCGGCCCGUCCGUGCUUCAGCCUCCUGUCACGCGUGUUGCACUAGAAUACGACUACGAUGAACUAAACUCAGCGACAACAGUCGCCCCCGGGUCCACCAUCACCACCGCAAUCCCCAAUCGUUGUGACUAUGACACCUGUGUGCCUCAGACGACCUCCUGCUAUGAGAUUUCGUUCAAGACGGGCUGCCUCUGUCCGGGGUUCACAGGCUGGGAUAAAAGGCCUGAGGCCCCGUGGCUUCGUGAGAUCAAACUGGAACAGUCGGGACAGGUGGUCGUCCACUGGUGUGCCCCUCACUCCAAAGUCACACAUUAUAAAGUAACUUUAAAAUGUGGAGAUGAGCAACAGAACAUUUUCGGGGAACAUUUGCGGAAUGCUACCGUCCCUGGGCUAAAGGUCGGAGAGACGGUUUGUGUGUCGGCUGUUAAUGGGGCAGGGGUCAGCGAAGAGUCGUGUUCCCAAUACGAGCCCCCAGCCUAAUUCAUAACAGUUAUGUAUUUUGAUUACAUGUAAAAUUUCCAUCCAUUUGGAUUACAUACUUUAAAUUUUACUUAAAAAACAAAACAAAUAAACUUUAUAUGAUA